AUGGAAGAGGAUAAAAGUGAUAACAUCGUUGCUAGAGAUGAUGAGGUUGCUCAAGAUGUUGAAGACAAACCACCUAGUGAUGAAGAAGAAGGUGAAGAUGUCUUUGAUUCCUCAGAAGAAGAUGCUGACUUAGAUGAAGAUGAGGAUGAAGCAAGGAAAAUCAAAGAAGGAUUUAUUGUAGAUGAUGAAGACGAAGACGACCAGGUCGAGGGCGGAGUUUCUAAAAGAAGAAGAAAGCAUAAAAGAAGACAAAGAGAAGAAGAAGAUGAUAGAUUAUCUGAAGAUGAUCUGGAUCUACUUAUGGAGAAUGCAGGUGUUAGACGUAACCAAGAAACUGCAUCAUCAGGAAGAUUAAAGAGAUUAAAAAGAGAAGGAGAAGAUGAAACAACUUCCGAAGGUACCCAACAAGAGGUUCAGAAAACACAAAGUGCAACCAAAUUAGAUGACUUUUUCUCUGAAGAUGAGAAUGAAGAAGAAGAACACACAGUCGAUGAUACAAGGAGACCAGAUUAUAACAAUAAUGAAGAGGACCAUGAAAACAGAAAUCGUAAAAGUGGUAUGUUGGACGAGUUAGAUGAUUUCAUUGAAGAGGACGAAUUUUCAGAUGAAGAUGAAGAGACCAGACAACAGAGACUGGAAGAAAAGAAAAGGAUGAGAGACCAACGAAUGAAACAACCUACUCAAAUCACAGGUCUUUCCUCUGAUAAAAUUGAUGAAAUGUAUGAUAUCUUUGGUGAUGGCCAUGACUACGACUGGGCAUUAGAAAUUGAAAAUGAGGAACUAGAGCAAGGUACGUUAGAUGACCUAGAUGCUGAAGAAGAAGGCGAAUUUGGUGAACAAACUGGUGCCUCAAAAGCCAAGAAGAAGAUUACUCUACAAGAUAUCUACGAUUUGCAGGACUUGAAAAAGAAUUUAAUGACAGAAGAGGACAUGAUCAUAAGGAAAACUGAUAUUCCUGAAAGAUUUCAGGAGAUCAGGGAAGGUUUGGUUAAUUAUGGUGAAUUAUCUUUGGAAGAUCAAGAAUUAGAGACCAACUGGAUUAGUGAUAAGAUAUCAUUGGAUAAAAACUUUGAUGCAUCAUAUGAUCUAACCGAGUUUAAAGAAGCCGUUGGAAAUUCUAUCAAAUUUAUUAAUCAAGAUAAUCUGGAAGUCCCCUUCAUUUAUGCUUAUCGCCGUAAUUACAUAGCGUCAAAGGAUAAGGAUGGGUUUGUCUUAACUGAAGAUGAUUUAUGGGAUAUUGUAGAUCUUGAUAUUGAAUUUCACAGUAUUAUCUACAAGAGAGAUUAUGUCAAAAGAUUUUACAAGGAAUUGAAUGUCGUCGACUCAAUGGUGGAUGAGUAUUUUAGAAACCAAAAUGCAGCCUCAAUUGCCGAAUUGAACUCAUUACAAGACAUUUAUGAUUAUUUGGAGUUUACUUAUGCUCAAGAAAUUAAUGAAGUUUUGUUGGGCAACACUGAAACAAACGGGAAGAAACAUCUUAAAAAUUCAAGCUACGAGAAGUUUAAGGCAAGUGAACUGUAUAAUGCCAUUAAGGAUAUUGGUGUAACUGCGGAGCAGGUUGGAGAAAAUAUAAUAUCUCAACAUCAAAUUCAUAUCGCUGUUGACCACCCAAGUUUAAAACCAAGAGAGGUCAUCGAAUCGAUCUUAAAUGCGAACUCCGGUGAUUUGCAAGUCUUCACCUCCAAUUUCAAAUUGGCCAUAGAUACAGUUCAGAAAUAUUUUGCACUUGAACUUUCAAAGAACACCAAGAUUAGGGAGAAGGUGAGAUCUGAUUUUUAUAAAUAUUACUUGGCAGAUGUUGUCCUUACUUCAAAGGGUAAGAGAGAAAUCCAAAGAGGUUCAUUAUAUGAAGAUAUCAAGUAUGCCAUUAAUAGAACGCCAAUGCACUUCCGCAGAGAUCCAGAUGUAUUUUUACGAAUGCUAGAAGCAGAGAAUUUGAACUUAUUAAGUGUCAAGCUACAUAUGUCUUCACAGGCACAAUAUAUUGACCAUAUGUUUCAGAUUGCAUUAGAAACGACGAAUACCUCUGAGUUAGCAACAGAAUGGAAUAAUUUCCGUAAAUCAGCCUUUAAACAAGCAUUGGAUAAAAUCUUCAAAGAUAUAUCUAGAGAAAUUAAGGAUGACUUAGCAAAGACGUGCCAGAAAUUAGUGGCGAAGACAGUUCGUCACAAAUUUAUGACAAAAUUAGAUCAGGCCCCAUUCAUUCCAAACAUCAAGGAUCCAAAAAUCCCCAAAUUACUGACUUUGACUUGUGGACAAGGGAGGUUCGGAGCUGACGCAAUAAUGGCUGUGUACGUCAAUCGUAAAGGUGAUUUUGUGAAAGAUUUCAAAAUAGUGGAUAAUCCCUUUGACAAAAUGAAUCCUCAGAAUUUUGAAGAUACAUUAGAUAAUAUUAUCCAAACUUGUCAACCUAAUGCAAUUGGUAUCAAUGGUCCAAAUCCGAAAACACAGAAGUUCUUCAAACGACUACAAGAAGUUAUCCACAAAAAACAAAUUGUUGAUAAUAGAGGUCAUAGUAUUCCAAUUGUCUAUAUUGACGAUGAAGUUGCUAUUCGUUACCAACAUUCUGACCGUGGUGCUCAAGAAUUCCCUAAUAAGCCACCUCUCAUUAAAUAUUGUAUUGCACUUGCACGUUAUAUGCAAUCACCCUUAUUAGAAUAUUCAAAUUUGGCCACUGAGGAACUAACGUCUUUAUCAAUACAUCCACAUCAAUCCUUGCUACCCCAAGCAAUGUUGGUUAAAGCAUUAGAGACUGCCUUUGUCGAUAUUGUGAAUUUAGUUGGUAUUGAAGUUAAUAAGGCAACAGAUAACCCAUAUUAUGCUAGUGCUUUGAAAUAUAUCUCUGGUUUUGGUAAGCGUAAAGCAAUUGAUUUCCUAGAGUCAUUACAAAGACUCAAUGAGCCACUAUUAGCACGUCAGCAAUUGAUUACUCACAAUAUUUUACAUAAGACGAUCUUUAUGAAUUCCGCAGGGUUCUUAUACAUAUCAUGGAAUGAGAAAAGGCAAAAGUAUGAAGAUUUGGAGCAUGAUCAACUAGACAGUACAAGAAUACAUCCUGAGGAUUACCAUUUGGCUACCAAGGUUGCCGCAGACGCUUUAGAAUAUGAUCCGGACGCUAUUGCAGAAAAGGAAGACCAGGGUACUAUGAGUGAAUUCAUUGAAUAUUUAAGAGAAGACCCUGAUCGCAGAACUAAACUAGAAUCAUUGAAUUUAGAAUCAUAUGCAGAGGAACUUGAAAAGAAGACUGGGCAAAGAAAACUAAAUAAUUUGAAUACAAUUGUUUUGGAAUUAUUGGAUGGUUUUGAAGAGCUAAGGAACGAUUUCCACCCAUUACAAGGGGAUGAAAUUUUCCAAAGUUUAACUGGUGAAACCGAGAAAACAUUUUUCAAAGGGUGUAUUAUUCCUGUCAGAGUUGAAAGAUUUUGGCACAAUGAUAUUAUUUGUACUACAAACUCGGAAGUUGAAUGUGUAGUUAAUGCUCAGCGUCAUUUAGGUGCACAACUAAAAAGACCUGCCGAAGAACUUUAUGAAGUAGGCAGGACAUAUCCUGCAAAGGUUAUUUUUAUUGACUAUGCUAAUAUUACUGCAGAAGUGUCCCUUCUAGAGCAUGAUGUCAAACAUCAAUAUGUCCCAAUAACUUACAGUAAAGACCCAUCUAUUUGGGAUCUUAAACAAGAACUGGAGGAUUCAGAAGAAGAAAAGAAAAUUACGAUGGCCGAAGCUAGAGCUAAGAGAACUCAUCGUGUUAUCAAUCAUCCAUACUAUUUCCCAUUCAAUGGUAAACAAGCUGAAGAUUAUUUAAGAAGUAAAGAACGUGGUGAUUUUGUAAUUAGACAAUCUAGCCGAGGAGACGACCAUUUGGCUAUUACUUGGAAACUAGACAAAGAUUUAUUCCAACAUAUAGACAUUCAAGAAUUAGAGAAAGAAAACCCAUUAGCCUUGGGGAGAGUGCUAGUUGUUGAAGGUCAAAGAUACCAUGACUUGGAUCAAAUUAUCGUGGAAUAUUUACAAAAUAAGGUUCGUCUUCUUAACGAACUGACGUCAAAUGAAAAGUUCAAGGUAGGAAACCAAAGAGAUGUUGUUAAAUUCAUUGAAGAUUAUUCGAAGGUGAAUCCAAAUAGAUCUGUUUAUUAUUUCAGUUUGAACUAUAAGAACCCAGGUUGGUUCUAUCUGAUGUUCAAAUUAAACGCGAAAAGUAAACUUUACACUUGGAAUGUGAAGUUAACCAAUACUGGAUUUUUUUUAGUGAAUUACAACUACCCAAGUGUUAUUCAACUCUGUAAUGGGUUCAAGACAUUGUUAAGAUCAAGCAGCACUAAAAGUAAGACAACGGCAUAUCAUUAA